UGUGUGCUACAAAUGGGUAACGACACGUGUGACUGGGGAUAUUGUGAUCAUAAUGGUCCACAAGUAUGGCCACAAAAGUUUCCUAUUGCCGACAGUGGUCGUCGCCAGUCACCGAUCGAUAUAGAAACCGAUAAAUGUUUGGUGGUCAGGGAGCAACCUGGCCAAAAUGAACUUACUAUACUGUAUCCAACAGUGUUUCCUGAACUAACUGUCCAAAAUUCAGGGUAUGGCUGGAAAGUGGAUAUUCCCGAACAGUUGGCCAAACAAUCAGUGCUAUCGGGUGGCCCAUUGGCACACACCUACCAAAUGGCCCAAUUUCAUUGUCAUUGGGGCAAACAUUGCGGUGUGGGCUCCGAGCAUACUGUCAAUGGCAAAAGCUAUGCAGCUGAGUUACAUUUUGUCCACUGGAAUACCGGCCAGUUUGACAAUCCAUUGGAUGCUAUGAUGAGUACAAACGGUUUGGCCGUUUUGGGCGUAUUUCUCGAUAUCGGCGAACAGAGCAACGAUGAAUUGGACAAACUAUUAGAGCACAUCACACUUGUUAGAUAUAAGGGCGAAAAAUGUGAUAUCGCACACAAUGUCGAUAUUACUAAACUACUGCCAGAAAACAAGUCGUAUUGGACUUACACGGGCUCAUUGACGACACCGCCACUAUCGGAAUCCGUCACUUGGAUUGUCUUUUCCAAUCCCAUACUAUGCACAGAGGAUCAGAUCUCCCGCUUUAGAGACAUGUGUUUUGUUACACGUGAUAACAGUUUGACGGCAGCAUUGGGCGGACAGUUGGUAGAGAACCACCGGCACACACAACCUCUCUAUGAUAGGACCGUCACAUUUGUCCAAAAAUAAUAUGUGAUUUAAGAGAAAAGAUUUAUUUUAAAUGAGAGAGAAACAAAAAUGUUGACAUUACGGUCUAUAUUUUAUG